AUGGGGUCCUGGGCUUUGGGUGCUCAGCAGGCGAUGCAGCUCCUGCUCUCGGCCAUGGUGACGUCGGUGUGGGUCGAAGUGGAGGGCAUCGGUGCAGCCUCGAUGGAGCACGACGACAUCGGUGUGGAGAGGCUCGUCGUGGCCGAGACAGGGUCAGGGCUUGGCGUGGCCAUGGCCGAGGACGAGGCGUAG